AUACAUACGAAUACAUACGAAUGGAAAGAAAGCUUUAUAAAAUUAAAAUAUUGAGUCUUUUAAGGAAAAACUGAAAAAAAUUCAAUAACUUUCGCAGGAAGGAGUAAGAUAAUAAGAGCCCAAAUCCUUUUGGGCUUUUUACUAGGACACUAUAUAGUAACUAUUGGGAAAAGAUCAUUGAAAUCAGCGUUGGACACCUGAAGAGGUUCCCUCGCAAGUCUGAUGUAAAAACUGAAAAAAGUAAUCUCUUUUUGUGAAACUUCUGCUUGAUUUUCAAUGAGACAGGAGUGAAAGUUUUAUGCUGUCACUGAAAAACUGCGAACUUCUAACCGCAGCUCUUUCUGUUCUCACAUAAACAUUUGUCUGCAUUUUUAGCCAUUACGGGUUUCAAAUUGUAACUGUUGGUCGCCAUAAAGUGACAUACAAAAUGAAGAACUGAAGAUAAAUACGAAGAAACCCUAGACUGCAUAAUGUCCUUGUUUUAUAUUAACAUUAUCGGUAAAGCAAUUUGAUCAAGUAGUUUUGUGAGAAAAUAACUCAGAAAAAGAGGAAAAUGUAGAUAGGUCUAGAUAUGAUUUGGAGUGAGUUAGGAAUUUUUUUAAUAUUUUUAAUAUAGUCGAUAACCUAUGAUUUCAUUCAUUUCUGAUAGCCACAAACCUAUCGGCAGAAGAGUGCUAAGGCUUCAGAAGAAACAUCCGUAGCUUCCGAACCAAUGAUUUUAUCCAGUCUGAUCCGCUCAUUAAUAUGCGAUACAGAUGAUCAUUUUCAGGAUGAAUAUACGGUUUAUUUCAAUAUAUGUACCAUUUGAGCAAUUAAAUCGUCUAUUUUUUUGAUUAUUUAUCUGUUCCACAUUAAUAGAUCCUGAUAGUGGUUUAACUUUUUCUUUAUCACAUGUUAAACUGUGGAAAUUUAUUAUUGAAGUACCACAUUUUGAUAUAUCACAGAUGUCCGUUACAGAAAAUUUUGAACGUAUUUUCCCAUUGUUAUCAAUAUUAUGUUCAAACGAAUAUGAUAUUGAAGAAAUAACUAGUACUAAUUACCCACUCAACAUCGGUGAUAAUGAAGAACUUGUGGCAAGAUUCUUAAAAGCAUUUGGCGAUGGAACAAUCAAUCGUACAUUAACACGUGCCUUCAUCACGGAACAACCAGUUGUCUUUUCAAAAUUAGAAAAGGUCGAAUGUUAUACACCAAUCCGUGACACUAUACAGCAAUAUGCUUUUGAUUUAUCACC